UUAGAACGUAUUUAUCUUUGCGGGAGUCCGAAAAUUUGAACGUUUGUUACUGCUGCUUCCGCUGCGAGGCGCAGCGGUCGUGGUCCGUCGCGAGUUCGCGCAGUGAUCGUCGGUCAUGUUUACUGUUAUUUUUCGCUGCUAACCGUAGACGCAUCGGCCGAUGACUUUUUCGUGCUUUGCUCGCUGAUCGACAGCGCGUAGAUAUGUGUUCCUCGGUGACGCCUGCGCCAGCUCCGGCGAACCGACACAAAAGGCGACGCGCCGUCUGGGCGAUUCGAUGAGUGUUGUGACAAACAAAGGCGACCCGACGAGCAGGAGGACUUCCAAAGGAGCGAGAGUGUAAUCAGCGUAUCAGUCGUGCCGAGCGUCUAAGCUCAGGCAGGCGCCGUCAAAAUUCUUUUCCCACGUCCUGCGAUGAGUCUUCGGACCCUUUCCAGGCAGAGGGGAGUGCCAAAUUAGCCCGGAAACUGCCGAGUUUCCUGCCAGUCCGACGAGCGUAAACGCGACGGACGACGUCGUCGGGCAUGUCACGUCUCAACGUUAGGCCUACUGCCACCAGACGCGCUGACGACUUGGACGGCCGCCGCGGUGCGUUGUCCGUUCCCGGAUUAUCAUGGUUUUUCCGAGAGCCGUCGGCCCUCGCCGUUGCCAGCUGCUGAUGUUCUGAAGCAACACGCUCAACCACCGCACAUCGGCCAGCCAUGGGAAAUUGCCUCAAGUCGAUGUCGUCCGAUGACAUCUCGCUGCUGAGGGAUAACCAAGGCACAAGGGACUCGUCAGCUGAUCAGCUCGGACCCCCGCCGCCUUACCAGGAGACGGUGUCCAUGCCGGUGUACUACCCUUCGCCCAACGUGAGCCGUCCAGCCUGCCAGCUGACCGAGGAAGAGCAGGUGGUGAUCGCCCAGCGCAUGGGCCUCAUCCAGCACCUUCCGACGGGCCUCUAUGAUGGCAGCAAGAAGAACAGAGAGUGCGUGAUAUGCAUGGGAGAGUUUGCAAUGGGUGAUGCAGUCCGGUUCCUGCCGUGCAUGCACAUCUACCACACGGACUGCAUCGACGACUGGCUGAUGCGCUCCUUCACUUGUCCCUCGUGCAUGGAACCGGUGGACGCGGCACUGUUGACCACCUACCAGACCAACUGAGGGGCCCCCCUUCGCGACACGUUGCGCGUGCGCGCACUCGUUGGCCUGUGUUGACGUGGGACAUGUUUAGCCGCCUGGCAUCCUCUCUGAACUGUCUGCUGCUGCAGGGUGUGCCGCGGCUGUACUAAGUGAGCAAAAUUUGCGAGCGUAGACGCGCAGGAACUCCUCGCCUCUGUUGUGUGCAGAGAGCAAGACGGAAGUUCCUCAGACUCCGUCAGCUGCUUCUGCCAGCCAUGGUUUCACCAGCGCACCAAAAGGAGACAGAGAGCAUUUCCAACGUCGCGAGACGUGGAAUGACGCAGGCUCGUCGACGCCAACCCUAGGGGCUUGGUGCCUCCUGCCGUCAUUAAAAAUUGUCCAGCCAGAAAAGCGCACCGGUGCAAGCUUCUGCUUGAGGACUUCUCAGUGCUGGCUUUCUAGGCUUUUUCCCUGAGCCUGUGUGUGGAUAUGUAAAUAGAGAGUGUAUUAGCAGUGCUUAGUUGUGAUGCUCGAAGGUUAAUGGAAGGCUCUCUCCCCUUACCUUUCCUGGUGCAUGACGCACCUCCAGAGUGUGUCGGCUUAGUGGGCUUUGCAUUGACAUGACCUUGUACUGGAGUGUCGUGUGAAAUUUUUUUUUCAUAAUUGUUGUAAUUUGGUCCUGUUUCUUUUCGUUGUUCCUCUGUUCGGUCGUUCGCUGAUGAAGCUAACACACUGCGGAGAGCAGUGGUGAUAGCGUAGGCAAACACUCCAGUGUCUGGAUUGAUAGUCCUUUGAGUGAGCCUAGUUUUCAUCCACUUGUGAUAAGUUAGUGUCUGCGCCUGCGUCGUUAGACGUGGGUAUUGCUUUUUUUAGAGCAAGUCUGGAAGAAAGAAUGCGGUGCUGACUUUGUACUUUGCCAUGCGUUUGCUGUUCGUCAAUCGUAUUUGCCCACUUUGAGCAUGUUAACAAAAGCAGCUUUUUAUAGCCGACAUGCGAUUCCUCCUAUUCUCGAAACAAGGUCCUUAACUGUCCUAUGUCUCGGCUGUCCGCUCACCGAUUCCCUUUAUUGAAGGUCUCAAUCAUCUUGUGAAAUCUUUCUUGCUGAUUGCUAUUGCGAGGAAAGAGCAAAGGGUAUGAACAAUGUUUUGUUGAACGUUAGUAGUGGUGGUGGCAUUUAUGUUGAAGCAAACAGAAGAAAGCUUUAACGGUGUUAGUGACAGUAUGAAGCCCAAAGUCAUGUUGCACAAUUUGGUGCGAUGAUGGUACUUGCCACCAACUAUUGUCUUAUUUGUUGUGAUGUAAGAAUCAAUGCCACACUGGGCUCAACAGAAAGCUGGGUAGAGUAGUGUGGCGUCAAACUCGUAUGUGUAAACUUGGCUUGCAAAAAUGGAAGCACCAAUUUCUCUUGUACCAAGCGAGCAGAUGGGCAGGGAAAUAAUUAGGCUUGCUUGAACUCUAAUGGUGUAUACAGAUCCUUGAAUAUUUAAUAUGAAAUGUUGCUUACACCUCAUGCUUGUUUGUGUCCAAACCUCGCAGUACAUAUCGCAGUCUAUGUUUAGCAAAGCAUUUUUGCGCUAGGUUAUCUGAGAAAUGGAAAUCCACUGCCUCGGAAAGCGGUCCCAACCAGCCAACUAAACUGUGAAGUGGCCUGUGCAAACAUUAGCAUGUGCUGAGGUCUUCCAGGACUCUAAGCAAGCCUUGUUGAUGACGGUGCAGGCCAUUGCAGAGUGGAGUAGCUGCUUUGUCUUUUGCAUAUGCAACGCUAGUUAAGCUGGUUGCUUGGAAUUUUUCUUUGAUUGGCGAGUAUAAUACCAAAAGGGGUAAUGAAACAAUAUUUAAAGUGCAAUAGGGGAUGGGGUCUGGCAGAACUUUACGCUUUCACCAGUCCAUCUCAAAAUCAACUUUUUUUUUUUUUGCUUUUAAUUAAUGUCUCUACUCCCCAAUCGUAUGAUGCGUAAAAGUUCCCCCUCACUGAUAAUUAAAAUCUAACUAAAUAUCUGGGCACGAGCAAACAAAAGUUGUAAAUCUUGCUUUUUUCUUUCUUUGAAGUAAGGUCAAAUGUAAGGUUUGGUAUACGUCCGAUAGAUUCGAACACAGAGUGAGUGUAAGCCAUUCACACAAUGUACCGCAAAUUUGCAGUUGCUAUUCUGCGAUACCACAGUCAAGGCUAGUGUCUUGCGUUGCGCUCCAGGCUUGAUUAAAAAAUUGCGAAGAGUUGAGGUUUGCUGAAUGCAAAGGCCAGAUUGCAGCGCUGGCCAUUAAUCUGCUUGGAAUGAAUCUGCCUAGCACCCGAGUCUGACUGUAUGUAUAACAGCACAUUGCUUCAGAGUAGCGGUUGUUGGCACAUUUGUAUAGCUUUUGAAACUUGAGCUUACCAGGGUUUUCACCGCACUACAAUUACCACACGGUCACAGAUCCAAUUGUAGCCAGCCAUUUUAGCUUCCUUUUAAAUGGGUGUUGGCAGUAGGUUGAGGCAGCUUGAACAUCUAUAAAAGAAAUAGACGUCUCUUCUAUAAGGAGCCCUCUGUAUUUUAUGACCUAGAACGGUUUAUUUCGGGCCUGCCUAUGAGGAUGUGGCCGCAAAUGACAGGACAGUGAUUUUGAGUCCUUUUGUGCAACGCCACCUUGCUAUGGAAGUUCGGUAGCGAAUAAUGGCCGUUGCACCAAGUAUUCCCGGUAUUUUGUUUUCUUGUCACCCCCAAUAUUGUUUUGUUUGUUUUGCAGACAAAGUUGUUUGUCAUAGACGCACACUUCACUUUCUUACUUUUUUUUUUAUCCUCAGACAUGGUGUAGGAAUCGCAUCCGUACUUACUGGUAGACAAACUCGUUCAUUCACCACUUCUUGUUUGUCUGCAGGUUGUUUCACAGACAGCUUUCCAUUAGCUUUCUUUUUUUUUCUGUAUGAACCCUUGCUUAGGGGAAGUCAACAUAAUAGCUUUGUGUUAAAAAUUUGAUCGCUGGAGUUGCGAAAAAGGUUUCAGUGGUCGGUCAGUAUGCUUGCCACACUGGAAUGGACACUUGUGCUAGUUUUGAAAGCGUGGAAGGCCCACUGUUUCGUUUUGCGCAUACCUUGUUUUGAGCUUGUAAAACAUCGGGAUGCUCCUUUCUGUGUUAAGUUGUUGGGUGUGUUGGGAAAGAAAAAAGAAAACAAAAACGGCAGAGAGCCUUUCAUCGCGCAAAGUAAAAUAUCUUGGCCUAGUCAUUAGCAGUGAUGGAGCUUUCAUGUGCGGUUUUCAUUCCUCCUUGGGACGUGUAAAUAAAAGAAAUAUGCUUGACAA